CCUGUCAUUGGCGUGGACCUUUCACGUGCCGUAACUUUUCGAUAACUUCGCAUCAGUCUGUGACCUUCACCGUCAACACGGCCCAACCAUUCCCUCGCCUUUGAUCGAUCAAACCUCGGCUAACACCAAGCUGUCAGUUUAGUACUUACUCCCGACCAAAUCUCUCCUUCGCCUUCUGUUUAACUCAAAUUCUUUCUUCAGAACCAGAAAAAAAAAAGGGAAAGGGCGCAAGCUAAAAUGUGCUGAUUAACAAAAAAAUAAGGAAAAGGGAACAAGGUUGGAAUGGCAAAUUGGAUCUCCUCCAAGCUCAAAGUCGCAGAAACUCUCCUUCAACAAAUCGAUCAGCAAGCGGCGGAAUCGCUUGGGAAGAAUGAGAAGGCACCGUCCGAUGAGAUAAAAUUCGACACUCCUACCAAAACCAGUGGAGUUGUGUCUUUGAAGGAUCAGUUAAAAAAGAAAUCACAAGAAAAUAAUGAUUAUCAAGGCACUUUCAGUGAUCCCAAUGCUAACUUAUCUUAUAGUAAUAAUAAUGGUAAUAAUAAUAAUAAUAGUAAUAAUAAUAAUUCAGUUCAUGUUUCGAAUCGGGACAAAGAAGUUUCGACCACGAAAGCUCCAUCAAAACCUAAGUCUAAGCUUACAGAUAGUGAUUGGACUGAACUUCUUAGUACACCAAGUCAGGCAACGAGUUCGACAGGGAAUAAUCGUAGUAAUGGGGUGUCCGGGAUUCGGGGCUUGAGGAAAGAUGCUAGGAAGAAAGGGAAUUUAGGGUCAAGUUUGUCCGUGCCGGAAGGAAAGAGGAAUCAAAAGAGUAAUGUUAAUGUGAUUAAGUCUGUAAGGAAGCGGGAUAUUGUGUUGGGAAAUAAGUUGAAUGGGAAGCCAAGUGAUGGGGAAGAGUCUAGCUCUUCAGGGAGGCCUUCUAGUGUUGAUAUACAGAAUGAUGGUAAGAAUUUUGAGGGGUUGGAGCUAGAUCACAAGGACACUGCUGCAAGCUUUAAGGUGAAACUGAAAGAUGAGAUCGAUCGGGAAAAUGGUUGGCAAUUGGAUUCAGAAGACCUUUCGUCCAAUGUGGAAGGCUUUUCACGAUCACUAAACAAGAACCGUUCUUUCCAAAAGAUGAUGGAAUUGGGAAAAGCUGAUGGGGUACCUGAUGUGAAGAUAGGAAUGGCUGAUGCUCACGAUCAGUUGAGAACUGCAAGUGGCAAAUCCAAGUCUAUUGGUGCCUCCAGAAGUUCAGUCUCUGAUGAUGUUAAAAGGGUCUCUCAGUCAACAAGUGAUGGAAGCUCUGAUUCAGAUUCAGAUUCUGGUUCAGCAUCCGACUCUGAAAGUGAACAUGAGAGGGAGGAAAGGAGGAGGAGGAAGGAGAGGAUUUUGGCUGAGAAAGCGGCAGCUAAAGCUGUGGAAGCCAUCAAAGAACGAGAGAAUAUGGUUGCCAGAUUGGAGGGUGAGAAGCAGAGCUUAGAGAAAAUACUUGAGGAACGAGCCAAACAACAAGCACAAGAGGCUUCAGAGCUGCAGACAACUAUGAUGGAAAUGAUGGAAGCUGUUGAGCUAGAAAAGCAGAAACAUAAUAAUACUAGAAUGGAAGCCCUCCAGCGAUUGGCUAAGCUAGAGACCACAAAUGCUGAUCUUGCAAGAUCACUUGCUACUGCUCAGAAGAAACUUGAAGUGGAGAUCAAUCAAGUAGCAGAUCUCCGACAACAAAUUGAGUUGAAAGAAGCAGCCCAUGAAGAACUCAAGAGGAGGAUCUCCAAUAGUCACCAGAGUGGAACUUAUCUGAACCAAUUAGUAGCUUCAAAGGGAAUUGAAUUUGAACGUGAAAUCCUUGAAGCGGAGUACUCUCUUGUCACUGAUAAAAUUGGGCGAUUGCAGAACAAGGCGAGACAACUGGAAGCAAGCAUUGAAUUGACAAGGAAAGAGAUGGAGGACCCAUCAGAGGUAGAAGUUGAGCUGAAGCGAAGGCUUGGACAGCUGACUGAUCAUUUAAUUCAGAAACAAGCCCAGGUUGAGGCCCUCUCCUCAGAGAAGGCAACACUGUUGUUUAGAAUUGAGGCGGUUUCAAGGAUGCUGGAUGAGAGCAAGUCCAUGAAUACGAGUGAUGCCUCAUCAAGUGAUUUAGAGUCAGGAGCAUGGGAUCUUUCUGAUUCGAAGUUGAAGCCUCUGCUCGAGGACAAAAUUCGUUCCGGCAGACGGCAACUUGGAUCAUUGCUUAUGCAGUUGGAUGCUAUAUUUGUGGCUGGUGCAAUAUUUUUAAGAAGAAAUGCAACAGCAAAACUAUGGGCUCUGGUCUACCUUGUAUGCCUUCACUUUUGGGUCAUAUACAUUCUAAUGUCACAUUCCCAAUCAUCAGAUGAGCGAAGAUCUGGUGCUGUCGUGUCCUUGGAAAACAUGAACAAAACUGCAGGUGUAUAAUUUGCUAAUUAUUUAUUUCUUAUCAAUUCUUGACCUCAACUUUUGAAAAGUCAA